AUGAAUCCGAAAUUAUGGAAUCAGCUGUUCUCCCUGUACUUCGUCAGCUAUAUGAUGGCGGUAUAUGGACAGAUAAAUCAAGGCCCUCCAUCGGCGCAACAAGGAUCAAUUUCAGUCGUUGUUAUCCCUGCAACUGUCUCCAUUGUUGCCCUCCCAGCCCUCUCAACAACAGUUACCAUCGCCCCUGGUGUUUCAGUCGUCACGAUAGGGAAUGCGCUAACUUCAACAACAAUAAGUGGAUUAUCAUCCAGGACAGUAACUGUUGGCUCGGACUUCACCAAUGACGGCGACUCCGACACUUCCCUCACCAGUGCCAGACAUACCAGGACUACCACUAUUAACACCACCAUUCUCACCACUCCCAAUGCUACUACACAGACCAUUAGUGUCGUAACACAGCAGAGAAGUUCUACUUCGCUUGAAUCCUUAACAACUACUCCAGACACGCCGUCAACUGAUUCACCGCGCGAUUCAACCAGCAUUUCUGGGAUCCCUCCUGCCCAAACUAGUAAUGCUAGCUCUACCAAUGCCCAUGAACCAAGUAGUUCAUUGAUGCCCCUCUUAGUUGGUAUACUUAUUCCAAUCACUGCAGUUGGUUCAACUCUCCUAUGGUGCUGUAUCCGAAACAGGAAAACCAAGAAGAUGAAGGAGGAUAACAAUGUUAACCCUUCACCCCGAGAAGUGCCACGGACAAGAAACGCACCAUUACGUCCAUCUAUGACAGCAACAACAGGAAUCUGGGACACUGAAGGACGUCUGAAACUUGGAGCAUUCGUACCAGCCAACGUUCAGGCACUGGCACGAAGUUCUCCCGAGUAUUUCCCCCGGAGCCCUCUUCACUUUGUGCCAAGCAGCCCGGCGAGUGAUACACUAACAUCUUCCUCCCCAACAUCCAACUUCCCACCAUUACCACCAAGUUCACCUCCUCGCCCGCCGCGGCCAGUGUCGCUCACACCUUCCAUUCUGGAAGCCAUGCGACGCACUUUCUCACCCGGCGGCCCUGAAGGCAACCGCGAAGAUGUUGAUAGCGUGGGUCCUCUAACCGCAGGCCGCACCCCAUACAGUGGAACACCACCAUCAAUCAGCCGACACCAUUCUCCUAAUUAUUCUCGUCCUAUAACUUAUCGCCCGCAGCCACCACCAGGCCAAGCCCGCCCACCAGUGUUUUCGGACCAAACAGAAGCACCAAUGCCCCUUCAUAUCGUCAAACAUAGUCCAUCCGGGCCAUCGAUACUCGACGAAGUGGCUUUUAACCCGCAGCCCAGUCGACCAAGGCAGGGUGGUACGGCAGACUUCAAUGAUGCCGGUCGCCAGCGAUUUCAAGAUUCUGACGAGUCCAACGAGGAAGAAAAACAGAAGAAACGAGCUGAGACCUUCGGUGCUCUUGAGGGGGCUCUCGAAUCAGAAGGCCCAGAGUUUAGUCAACGACACCAGUAUCCAGUAUCGUCGGUAUACUCGACUGACACAUAUGGACAACCUCUCACACGGCCGGGUCUCAAUAGGGAAAUACCGAGGGAUCGGGGCGAGAGGGGCAGGUAUGAGGUGAAGAGACCACAGAGACAAGUUGACUCCCCAGAUUGGAGCGGAUUAAAAGGGAAUUUUAUCUAG